UUGACUUAUCUAUCCGAUUCCUAACCUGAAAAUUAUAAAUAUUUAUUUUCAACAAUUUAUUACUGAAAAUGUCUAAUAAAAAUAUGUUUAUGAAAUCGGCGUUUGUCCGAGCACCUUUACAAAAUGGUGUUGGUCGCUACGUAUGCCAAUUGCAAAGAAUUGUUCUCAAAUUCUGUAAAAGUCACGGGGGCAGCCGCGGAAUUAGAGAUUUCAUCGAACAAGAUCUAGUCGAUUUUGCAAAACAAAACCCGAGUGUGGUCGUAUACCUAAAGCCUCGUAGACAUAGAGGGCCUGUUCUUGUUGCUGAAUAUUUGAAUGGGGACAGAGUUUGGAUGAAUGUGCAUAAUAAGACUCACUCGGAAAUCACAAAAUGGAUGGAAGUACUUCGUACCCAGCAAGGAGACGUUUCCGGAGCUCGUCUCAGAAAAUACCAACACACUGAUUACCCAUCUGUCCAGGGUCCCUGGACUCCAUUCACUUUUAAAGACCCAGAAAUCAAUGUAACAACAUUACCUGAUCCCAAAUUCGGUGCAAACAACAGAUUGUCCAUAUCUGCUACCGAAAAACUAAGACUUAUGUUCGAGAAGCAAGCAAUUAGCGAAAAGGAUGUUAAGACGGGAGAAUAGAUUAUUUAAUUAAUAUUAAUCUGAACAUUUUAUUUAUCACUUUUGUAUGAAAUAAUUAUAAGAAAAAUUAACGAAAUUUCAAUAAAAUGGACUUUUGUAAUGCAAAUGGUAUACAAACUUACGAUAAUAAACAAGUUUAACCAAGUUCCCACCAAAUAAGGUUCUCAAAACAUGACAGGUAGCAUUACAGCACCAAAUAUAUAAGAUGUUUGAAAACAAGUAGCAAUAAUAUUUCUCGAAAGACCCCGAUAGGCGAUAAAACCGCUGUAUAAUAAUACACCUUGCAUUUUAGAGCUUGAGAAUGACAAAUAUUUACACAGUAUGGUAUAUCUCCUGGUAAACCUCUGUAAUGGUAUUUAAUCAAAAGAGUUUUGUUUGCAAACCAAUAAAUUUGUUACAUUAUAUUACUGACGAGUUUUGCCAUUUGACUAUACUAACCAAUCUUCUUUGUGUCUUCAUCACUGAUGAAGAUAUUGGCAUGAAAGUAAUUGAAAGACUCACUCGUAGGGCCUCAUUUCUAUUUUAAAACCUCUUUAAUCUCUUGAAAAUUAUUCAUAUAAAAGUGAUAGUAUAAAACUACAAUUUGAGAGAAAAAAAAUCUGUAAUCAAUAUUGUAGUGUUUUAUCUGUAUUGUAAAUAAUAUUCUGUUGUUAAUAGUUGUAAUAUUAAAAAUUAGUUUAG